GUACGUCAUCCACGCGCAUGCGCGCAUUGCUCUGUCCUUCGGCAGCACUCGCGUCGAGAGGAACAACAUAACGGUGCGUUCUUCAAGUCCGCUUUAUUCCUGCAUCUCCACUUUUGUUUCUGUUUGGCUGCCGUAUGAAACUACACUUUCAUUAAUUAUCCGCGUUAAGUAUAAACUGGACUUGUCGCAGUGAACGUUGAAGCUAAUCAGGCUAGCUUAGCUCGCCAGUUAGCUUAGCCCGCUAGCUGCUAACAAAGACGUGCAUGUGGGCAUCAGAGCGCCAAGCAGAGACAAUGUGUCAAGUACAAGUGCUGCGGGACUUGGUCAGUCGGCGACUCAACGCCGCCGUCGAGGAAAUAUUUCUCAUGUUUGAAAAGACGAUAGCGGAAUACGAGCAGGAACUUUCUCGAACAAAAGAGGAGAACGUGCGACAGCGUCAGCUCCUGGACGCUGUUUUCAAGAAAAACACAGCAGACGUCUUUGAAGAGCGUCUUCUCCCUGAGCAGCGGGAGGAGCCACGGCCCCCCCAGGUUAAAGAGGAAGAGGAGGAACACGUCAUCAGUCAGGAGGGAGCGCGUCUUGAAGCCCCGGAGGAGGUCGAUGUCACAGAGGUGCCAUUAACUGGUGUCCUUGUGAAGAUUGAAGACGAGGAGGUCACAGGUGAAAGUGAGCAGGGGAGAGAGGCGGAGCCUCCGAGCAGCAGCUUAACUCAACACACGACAAGGGAAGCUGACGGAGACCACUGUGGAGGAUCACAAGCAGAAAAGCUCUUAGCGCCGCUAUCAGACAUUGACGAGACAACAUCACUCUCUCCUGACAGCGACGACGACGACUAUGGCGCUUAUAAGACAUGUCAGGCUGGCACCACGCACUUGAAAUGCUCUUUCUGUGACAAAACCUUCAAUCACCGCGGCAACCUGAAAGUACACAUGAGAACGCACACGGGGGAGAAACCCUUCAUGUGCUCAGUUUGCACCAAAAUAUUCUCCCGGAAGUCAAGUUUGAAAAUACACACGAGAAUACACACCGGCGAGAAACCUUUCAAGUGUUUAAUCUGCGGCAAAGGUUUUGUGCGGAAAUGGGACGUGAAAGUCCACAUGAGGACACACACCGGGGACAAACCUUUCAUAUGUUCAGUCUGCGCCAAAGGUUUCAAACACAACGUGGAUCUGAAAGUACACAUGAGAACGCACACUGGAGAAACACCGUUCAUGUGCUCAGUUUGCAGCAAAACGUUCACCCAGAAGGCAAACUUGAUCAAACACACGCGCAAGCACACCGGGGAACUUCCUUUUCUAUGUUCAGUCUGCGGUAAAGGUUUUACACACAACGGCGAGUUGAAACGACACAUGGGAAAACACACGGACGCGUGCGCCAUGACGGGUUCUCUUAUGAGUGUUUAAAAAAGACACACGUGGUGAGAAUAGCAGCAGCAAAUCAAGCUGGGACUUUCUAACACCAUCACCCCCGUACAACAUGUGUGACAUCAUUGUUGUGUGUGUGUGUACACACCCUUUUUUAUAUGCUUUUACCAUUUAUAGAUAGAUUUGUUAGAUUGGUACUUUUAUCUCAGUCAUGUACAUACAAUUGUUUUUAAUCAUGUGUAAGCUCAAGUUUGUUCAUUUUUCCUUUUUUGAUCCACUUUAUAAAGCGCACUGGUAAGAAUCAAUCAAUCAAUGCUUAUUUAUAUAGCCCUAAAUCACAAGUGUCUCAAAAGGCUGCACAAGCCACGACGACAUCCAUGGUUCAGAGCUCACAUAAGGACAAGGAAAAACUCACAACCCAGUGGGAUGUCAAUGCGAAUCAAAUAUUUAUUUGUAUAUCCCUAAAUCAUCAAUGUCUCAAAGGGCUGCAAUAACCACAAGGACAUCCUCGGUAGUGCCCACAUAAGGGCAAGGAAAACUCACCCUAGUGGGACGUCAGUGACAGUGACAAUGAUGACUAGGAGAAACCUUGGAGAGGACCGCAUAUGUGGGAAAACCCCACCCCUAGGGGAACGAAAGCAAUGGAUGUCGAGCAGGUCUAACAUGAUACUGUCCAUAGUGGAUCCAACACAACCGUGAGAGUCCAGUCCAAAGUGGAUCCAACACAGUAGCGGGAGUCCUGUCCUUAGUGGAGACAUCAGGAAACCAUCCCAAGCGGAGGCGGAUUAGCAGCGCAGAGAUGUCCCCGGCCGAUACACAGGUGAGCGGUCCAUCCUGGGUCCCGACUUUGGACUAUGAGAAACCUUGGAGAGGUUGUGUGUGUGUCCAACGCCUCUAGGGGAGACCGGAUGCAAUGGGUGUCGAGUGGGUCUAACAAUAUUGUGAAAUUCCAGUCCAUAGUGGAUCUAACAUAAUAGUGAGAGUCCAGUCCACGGUGGGGCCAGCAGGAGACCAUCCCGAGCGGUCACGGGUCAGCAGCGCAGAGAUGUCCCCAACCGGUGCACAGGCGAGUGGUUCAACUCCGGGUCCCGACUCUGGACAGCCAGGACUUCACCCAUGGCCACCGGACCUGUGCACCCCCUUCCACAAGUAAGAGGGGGGCAGAAAGGAAAAGAAACGGCAGAUCAACUGGGGUCUAUUUAAAGGCUAGAGCAGGGGUAGGGAACCUACGGCUCUAGAGCCGGAUGUGGCUCUUGUGAUGGCUACACCUGGCUCUCAGAUUAACUUUAGCUGACAUUGCUCAACACGAUAAAUAAUGAAUAAAUCCGCUAGUAAUCACAGUAUCAAAAAUAACGUUCAAAAUAUAAAACAUUCUCAUGCAUUUUCGUCCAUCCAUCCGGUUUCUACCGCACCUGCUCGGUUGGUAGAGUGGCCGUGUCAGCAACUUGAGGGUUGCAGGUUCGAUUCCCACUUGUGCCAUCCUAGUCACUGCCGUUGUGUCCUUGGGCAAGACACUUUACCCACCUGCUCCCAGUGCCACCCACACUGGCUUAAAUGUAACUUAGAUAUUGGGUGUCACUAUGUAAAGCGCUUUGAGUCACUUGAGAAAAGCGCUAUAUAAAUAUAAUUCGCUUCACAAUUCACUUCACUUGAAGAAGUCGCAUUAAUGGUAAAAAGGCCACAGGGAAGACCCAGGACACGUUGGGAAGACUAUGUCUCCCGGCUGGCCUGGAAACGCCUCGGGAUCCCCCGGGAAGAGCUAGACAAAGUGGCUGGGGAGGGGGAAGUCUGGGCUUCCCUGCUUAGGCUGCUGCCCCCGCGAACCGACCUCGGAUAAGCGGAAGAUGAUGGAUGGAUGGACAAUCGGCAAGAUAGGCUGUAGCUAGACCGUGUAGUAUUUUCUACGUAAGUGCUUAAACCUACAGUCCAGUGCAUCAAACUAAAUGAGCAGGUUGGAAACAUCUUUGUGUGCAAAUAGAAAGAACAAGGCCUGUUGGAAAGGUAUGGAGAACGCAUACAAACACGGGAGGAAAUAGGAGGGAGUGGGACAGCCGUGUGUUGUCAGCAGAACUGUGGAAAUGGUGUCUCCUGGGGAGGCAAAAUAGUGAGGGUUGUCCUUGACCAGAUAUCUCGAUCCCUUGGUUCAUUGUUGUAAAAUGUUCAUCACAUUCACACGUUCAUUAAAGGGGAACAUUAUCACAAUUUCAAAAGGGUUAAAAACAAUACAAAUCAGUUCCCAGUGGCUUGUUGUAUUUUUUGAAGUUUUUUUCAAAAUUUUACCGGUCUCGGAAUAUCCCUAAAUAAAGCUUUAAAGUGCCUUAUUUUCGGCUCUCUGCGAAGACACUGGCCAUUUCCCUGUGACGUCACACAGUGCUGCCAAUGUAAACAAACAAUGGGAAUACCACAGCAAGAUAUAGUGACAUUAGCUCGGAUUCAAACUCGGAUUUCAGCGACUUAAGCGAUUCAACAGAUUACGCAUGUAUUGAAACAGAUGGUUGGAGUAUGAAAAUAUUGAAGAAGAAACUGAAGCUAUUGAGCGAAUAGCUAUUGACGCUAUUCAUAGCCAUAGCAUGGCCGAAUAGCUGCGUUAGCAUCGCCGGUAAAAUGUGCGGACCAAACGAUCAGGACUUUCGCAUCUUGUGACAC